GCGCAAAGCAUACCAGGCUUCCUCAUCUCCUUCACGUCAGAGGCAGGAACCGACUGUGCGAAGGCUGUUGGCUCAACACGCAGAGACGGCGGAAGGCUCAGACAGAGAGAGUGGGAGCAGAGGGGUCCUUCCUUACCAGGAAUUACCACGAGUGGAGUAAAGCCGCCUGACUUUUUGAUCUUAUUUUGUUUGCCUCCUCUUCCUCCUUCCACUCCAGCCCUGCCAGCUUGGAGCCUCCUCUUCCUCCCAGAAAAGGAGGAAGGGAAGAGAAGGGAGAGAGGUGGGUUCUCUUGGUGAGCGCAUCCGCCGGCUCCAGCCCGCACAGGCAAGGAACCUUUUCUCAGAAAGCUCCUCUCGCUCCCCCGCCGCCCACCCCCAGCCUGGUGGCCGUGUCAUCGCAGCUGCACAGAGGCAGGCUCUCCAGGUGUUAGGGUUAAAGACCUGCGGGCAGAGAGAGCAUCAAAGACACCAUCGCUGAAGAUUCUGACAACUCCAUGCUGUGAGCUGUGGGCUGGUCUUGAACCCAGAGCUCUGCACGGAGGAUGGGGGCCGACAGGGAAACUGUGGUCCUGAAGAACAUGCUCCUUGGCGUCAACCUGAUUCUUCUGGGCUUGAUGCUCAAGCCCACAGAGUGUCAGCUAGAGGUUCCCAUGGAGAGGGGCCAGAGACCGGCGGUGGAGGAGGAGGGAGGCAUUGCCAGCUACAACACAUCCGACAAAGAGCCGCCCAUGGUCUUCAACCACGUGUACAACAUCAAUGUGCCCCUGGACAGCCUCUGCUCCUCGGGGCUGGAGGCCUCGGCCGAGCAGGAGGUGAGUGCGGAAGACGAGGCACCGGCCGAGUAUCUGGGCCAGACCUCCGACCCAGAGAGCCAGGUCACCGUCACCCACAGGAUCAACCUCCCCAGAAAGGCCUGCCCGUGUGCCGCCGGCUCGGCCCAGGUGCUGCGGGAGCUGCUGAGCCGCAUCGAGAUGCUGGAGAGGGAGGUGUCGGUGCUUCGGGACCAGUGCGGCAGCAGCUGCUGCCAAGAAAGUGCAGCCACAGGACAACUGGACUACCUCCCUCACUGCAGUGGCCACGGCAACUUCAGCCUCGAGUCCUGCGGCUGCAUCUGCAAUGAAGGUUGGUUUGGCAAGAACUGCUCAGAGCCCUCCUGCCCCCUGGGCUGCUCCAGUCGGGGCGUGUGUGUGGAUGGCCAGUGCAUUUGUGACAGCGAAUACAGUGGCGAGGACUGCUCCGAACUCCGGUGCCGCACCGACUGCAGCUCCCGGGGGCUCUGUGUGGACGGGGAGUGUGUCUGUGAGGAGCCCUAUACUGGCGAGGACUGCAGCGAGCUGAGGUGCCCCGGGGACUGCUCCGGGAAGGGGAGCUGUGCCAAUGGGACCUGUGUGUGCCAGGAGGGCUAUGUGGGCGAGGACUGUGGCCAGCGGCACUGUCUGAAUGCCUGCAGCGGGCGAGGACACUGCCAGGAGGGAUUCUGCUUCUGCGAAGAGGGCUACCAGGGCCCCGACUGCUCGGCAGCUGCCCCUCCAGAGGACUUGCGAGUGGCUGGUAUCAGCGACAGGUCCAUUGAGCUGGAAUGGGACGGGCCGAUGGCAGUGACGGAAUAUGUGAUCUCUUACCAGCCGACGGCCCUGGGGGGCCUCCAGCUCCAGCAGCGGGUGCCUGGAGAUUGGCGUGGUGUCACCAUCACAGAGCUGGAGCCAGGUCUCACCUACAACAUCAGCGUCUAUGCUGUCAUUAGCAACAUCCUCAGCCUUCCCAUCACUGCCAAGGUGGCCACCCAUCUCUCCACUCCUCAAGGGCUGCAGUUCAAGACCAUCACAGAGACCACCGUGGAGGUGCAGUGGGAGCCCUUCUCCUUCUCCUUCGACGGGUGGGAGAUCAGCUUUAUUCCAAAGAACAAUGAAGGAGGGGUCAUUGCCCAGCUCCCCAGCGAUGUCACAUCCUUCAACCAGACUGGACUAAAGCCUGGGGAGGAGUACCUUGUCAACGUGGUGGCCCUGAAGGAGCAAGCCCGGAGCCUCCCCAUCUCGGCCAGCGUGGCCACCGUCAUUGACGGGCCCACACAGAUCCUGGUGCGAGAUGUCUCCGACACCGUGGCCUUCGUGGAGUGGACUCCCCCUCGAGCCAAAGUCGAUUUCAUCCUCCUGAAGUACGGCCUGGUGGGCGGGGAAGGCGGGAAGACCACCUUCCGGCUGCAGCCUCCCCUGAGCCAGUACUCAGUGCAGGCCCUGCGGCCUGGCUCCCGCUACCAGGUGAGCGUCAGUGCCGUCCGUGGGACCAAUGAGAGCGAGGCCUCCACCACCCAGUUCACGACAGAGAUUGACGCCCCCAAGAACCUGCGGGUUGGCUCCCGCACAGCCACCAGCCUGGACCUCGAGUGGGACAACAGUGAGGCGGAGGUUCGGAAGUACAAGGUUGUGUACAGCACCCUGGCAGGCGAGCAGUACCACGAGCUGCUGGUCCCCAAGAGCGUUGGGCCAACCAGCAGAGCCACCCUCACCGAUCUGAUACCUGGCACUGAGUACGGAUUUGGAAUAUCUGCUGUCAUGGACUCACAGCAAAGCAUACCAGCCACCAUGAACGCCAGGACAGAACUUGACAGUCCGAGAGACCUUAUGGUGACAGCCUCCUCUGAGACCUCCAUCUCCCUCAUCUGGACCAAGGCCAGUGGCCCUAUUGACCACUACCGAAUUACCUUUACCCCAUCCUCUGGGAUCGCCUCAGAAGUCACUGUGCCCAAGGACAGGACCUGGUACACACUGACUGAUCUAGAGCCUGGGGCAGAGUACAUCAUUUCCAUCACCGCUGAGAGGGGUCGGCAGCAGAGCUUGGAGUCCACCGUGGAUGCCUUCACAGGCUUCCGCCCCAUCUCGCAUUUGCACUUUUCUCACGUGACCUCCUCCAGCGUGAACAUCACCUGGAGUGACCCAUCCCCUCCAGCAGACAGACUCAUCCUGAACUACAGCCCCCGGGAUGAAGAGGAAGAGAUGACAGAGGUCUCCCUGGAUGCCACCAAGAGGCACGCUGUCCUGAUGGGCCUGCAGCCGGCCACCGAGUACAUCGUGAACCUGGUGGCCGUCCACGGCACAGUGACCUCUGAGCCCAUCGUGGGCUCCAUCACCACAGGAAUUGAUCCCCCCAAAGACAUCACGAUUAGCAAUGUGACCAAGGACUCAGUGGUGGUCUCCUGGAGCCCUCCUGUCGCAUCUUUUGAUUACUACCGAGUAUCAUACCGGCCAACCCAAGUGGGGCGGCUGGACAGCUCAGUGGUGCCCAACACUGUGACAGAAUUCACCAUCACCAAGUUGUACCCAGCUACCGAAUACGAAAUCAGCCUUAACAGCGUGCGGGGCAGGGAGGAGAGUGAGCGUGUCUGCACUCUCAUGCACACAGCCAUGGACAACCCUGUGGAUCUGAUUGCUACCAACAUCACUCCGACGGGAGCCCUGCUGCAGUGGAAGGCGCCUGUGGGCGAAGUGGAGAGCUACGUCAUUGUCCUCACACGCUUCUCAGUUGCUGGAGAGACCAUCCUGGUUGAUGGAGACAGUGAGGAGUUCCUGCUCACUGACCUGCUCCCUCGCACUCACUACACUGUCAGCAUGCAUGCUACCAGCGGGCCUCUCACCAGUGGCACCAUCAGCACCAACUUCUCCACACUACUGGAUCCUCCUGCAAACCUGACUGCCAGUGAGGUCACCAGACAGAGUGCCCUGAUCUCCUGGCAGCCUCCCAGAGCCGAGGUCGAGAAGUACAUCCUGACCUACAAAUCCACUGACGGAAGCCGCAAGGAGCUGAUCGUGGAUGCAGAGGACACGUGGAUCCGGUUGGAGGGCCUGUCUGAGAGCACAGACUACACAGUGCUCCUGCAGGCAGCCCAGGAUGCCGAGAGGAGCAGCCUCACCUCCACCGCCUUCACCACAGGGGGCCGGGUGUUCCCUCACCCUCAAGACUGUGCCCAGCACCUGAUGAAUGGCGACACUCUGAGUGGGGUCUACACCAUCUUCCUCCACGGAGAGCCCAGCCAGAAGCUCCAGGUGUACUGCGACAUGACCACGGACGGGGGCGGCUGGAUUGUGUUCCAGAGGCGGCAGAAUGGCCAGACCGACUUUUUCCGGAAGUGGGCGGAGUACCGCGCUGGCUUCGGGAACCUGGAGGACGAGUUUUGGCUGGGGCUGGACAACAUACACAGGAUCACGUCCCAGGGCCGCUACGAGCUGCGCGUGGACAUGCGCGACGGCCAGGAGGCCGCCUUCGCCCACUAUGACAAGUUCUCAGUCGAGGACAGCAGGAGCCUGUACAAGCUCCGCGUAGGCGGCUACAACGGCACUGCAGGGGACUCCCUCAGCUACCACCAGGGACGCCCUUUCUCCACUGCGGACAGAGACAACGACAUCGCCGUUACCAACUGCGCCCUGUCGUACAAGGGGGCGUGGUGGUAUAAGAACUGCCACCGGACCAACCUCAACGGGAAGUACGGGGAGUCCAGGCACAGCCAGGGCAUCAACUGGUACCACUGGAAAGGCCACGAGUUCUCCAUCCCCUUCGUGGAAAUGAAGACGCGCCCCUACAACCACCGGCCCCUGGCCGGGAGGAAGCGGCGGUCCUUGCACUUCUGAGCCGUGGGCGGCCGCCGGCCACCUGACCUUUCUGUCAUUUGUUUGUAUUUUAUAAACCAAGCAAGGGGUGGGGGUCACAGCACUGCGCAUUGCAACGUGUCCUGAGUGUUGGAAGGAAGCAGGGAGUAGCAGGAGUCGGUUGAGAAUUAGCCUAAGGUUUCUGCUGCCCUCGGGCCUGACCCUAAUCCAUUCUCCCUCCUCCCCAGCCACCUUAGCCAGCCCCUUUUCCCACCCAGGAGAAGGGAGAUGUUUCCCUAAAAGACCAAAUCAAAGGCAGUGGUGGAGUCAGGUUGCUAUGGUGACGGGCACGCGCCUUUGCCCCUUGCCCUCCCUCAGAGAUGCCCUCCCCUUCCCGGCAUGUGUCCCUGGUCACUGCCUCCACGGAAGAAGCCUCCACGAGAGAGUUUGCGAACAACGCCCCUAAGAGGCAGCUCGACCUUGCCAUCCGCCAGCCCAAGCCUCUUUCACAGGCCAGAGGUUCUCACCUGACCCUUCCGCCGAGCGGCCCUGUGAUCUCUCAAGAGUAGUGACCUCCCUUCCAGCCCCCACGGAGCCUGUGCCUGCCCCUUUCCCCUUUCCUGAGGCCCCGUGACCCCACAAGCCCAGCCGCUGCUUCCGACGAUAGUUCCCAAGGUGCUCGGUGCCCUUGGCUGGCCCGGAGCUGCUCAUGGCUGUGUCCCUGUGGGUCUCUGUGGGAGGGGGAGAGGGAGAGAGUGGCGGGGUUUAGCACUUUGGGGUCCAGCCUGGAGGAAAGGGAGGAGGAGAAUUCAGGGCCCCUGUCACUGAGAUUCGAGGUCCCAUGUGGAACAUAGGUCUUUAUUUCUGGUCCUCUGUGUCACAAAGUUUUUUUCUGAGUUGCAAACUGAUUGCUCUCCUUAGCCAGGCUCUCCUUUGUGUGGGAGGCUUAAUAAGAGUCAGAGAAGACAUUAUAUGACCAGCCAGCCAUUUUUUGGUAUUCCCUGGAGGAGGUGGGGUUUGAGGGUUUUGUUCUUGUUCCCCCCCCCCCUUUAUUUUUUGUCCCAUAGAAACAGGAAUGGCCUCCUUAAUGAGGUGAGCUCCUGAGAAGGCUUCUCCACCUUCUUUUAUUUCUCUGCCUUUGAGAGGAGAAAUGAAAUGACAUCUAGAAAUCCAAGGUGAACAGGGUGAGCUGUGGGCCACCUCCCCUCUGAUGAGAUGUUCUCUCUCCACUGGCUAGUCUGUGAUUUGAUUUUUAAGCCCGAGAGAGCUGGAGGCUCUAGAAGCCAGGACCCUUCAGCUUCUCCAAAUCAAACAUUAGCUGCCAUCGUCCCCACGGCGCCGGCCAAACCCAGGCUGUUUCCCCAGCUGCCCUCCCCCGUCCUCUCCUCCUCCUCAAGGCCUCAAUUCCACUCUAUAGUGUCCAUCUGGGGCAUCCGGUACCUGUUCCACCUGCAGUCUAGCCAAGCUCUGAUAACCAGGAGGCCAUCCCUCGGGCUGACGACCAUACUUGUGGUCACUUGCUGUGCACACUGUCCCUUUAGCAGGCCGCCAAGGCCUUGUCACGGCUGUGGUGCGGAUGUGACUGAUAUGCCCGGGACCGGAAAACGGAGGUGGCAUUUCCAUUUCUCAGUUCAUUGUGGGCCUCAGAAAAACGAGAAGCAGGGAAACGCAAGCAAGCCUUUCUAGAAACCUGUAAGUUAAAUAAGACUUCGUGGAGUGGGCCACCAGUGAACAGCGGGGAGCACGCUGAAUGAGCUGAGCGACAGGCCGUUCUGCUGGCCCUGUGACAUCCAGGAGGGCGCUGCACCUCUCUGGGCCUCCAUCUCCUCACCUGUUACAUGGAAGAUGAGGCCAGGAUGGCUUCUAACAGUCAUUGAUGCCCAUCUCUCAUCUGAAAAUCUGCAUAGAAAUUGGCAUUGGGGAGGGAGCACAAUCAAGCCAUGAAAAUGCACCAGAA